CAACCCUGCACAACGUCAUUUUGUCUUCUUACCAAGAAGCAGGCUAUGAGCCAAAGGGAAGGCAGAGGACAGAGAUGAGUGUGUUCCCAAGCUUUCCUUGUGGUUUAUGGCAUUCUCUAAACUCCUAUCCAGGGUUAUUGCUGACCGAGAAGAUCCAAGGAAACCAUCUCCGAAAUCAAGUCCAGAUGAAGAGCUAAGAGAAAAAAAGUGAAUAUGGUUUUUGCUCACAGAAUGGAUAACAGCAAGCUGCCUUUGGUUAUUCCUACACUCCUGGUGCCCCUCCAAAACCACAGCUGCACUGAAACAGCUACAUCUCUUCCAAGCCAUGACCUGGUGGAAUUCUAUGAGGAACACAGUUGGGAAAGCAACAGAACAGAUCUGCCGUAUGGACUGAAACCUGGGGAAGUGGCCACAGCAAGCAUUUUCUUUGGGACUUUGUGGUUGUUUUCUGUCUUUGGCAAUUCCCUGGUUUGUUUGGUCAUCCAUAGGAGCAGGAGGACUCAGUCUACCACCAACUACUUUGUGGUCUCCAUGGCAUGUGCCGAUCUUCUCAUCAGCAUUGCCAGCACACCUUUCGUCCUGUUUCAGUUCACCGCCGGAAGGUGGACACUUGGGAGUGCAGUGUGCAAGGUCGUGCGAUAUUUUCAGUACCUCACCCCAGGUGUCCAGAUCUAUGUACUCCUCUCCAUCUGCAUAGACCGGUUCUACACCAUUGUCUAUCCUUUGAGCUUCAAAGUAUCCAGAGAAAAAGCCAAGAAAAUGAUUGCUGCGUCGUGGAUCUUUGAUGCAGUCUUUGUGACCCCAGUGUUCUUUUUUUAUGGCUCCAGCUGGGACAAUCAUUGUAAUUAUUUCCUCCCUUCCUCGUGGGAGGGAACUGCCUAUACCAUCAUUCACUUCUUGGUGGGCUUUGUGAUUCCAUCUGUCCUCAUAAUCUUAUUUUACCAAAAGGUCAUAAAGUAUAUUUGGAGAAUAGGCACUGAUGGCAGAACAGUGAGAAGGACAAUGAACAUUGUCCCAAGGACAAAAGUGAAAACUAUCAAGAUGUUCCUCAUUUUAAAUCUAUUGUUUUUGCUCUCCUGGCUGCCUUUUCAUGUAGCUCAGCUGUGGCACCCCCAUGAACAGGACUAUAGGAAAAGUUCCCUUGUUUUCACAGCUAUCACUUGGAUAUCCUUUAGUUCUUCAGCCUCUAAACCAACUCUGUAUUCAAUUUAUAAUGCCAAUUUUAGGAGAGGGAUGAAAGAGACGUUUUGCAUGUCCUCGAUGAAAUGUUACAGAAGUAAUGCCUAUACAAUCACAACCAGUUCAAGGAUGGCCAAAAAAAACUAUGUUGGCAUUUCAGAAAUCCCUCCCACAGCCAAAACUAUAACCAAAGACUCAAUCUAUGAUUCAUUUGACAGAGAAGCCAAGGAAAAAAAACUUGCUUGGCCCAUUAACUCAAAUCCACCAAAUACCUUUGUCUAAUUUCUCAGAAUUCUUUAAAUUAUUGUUAUGCACCAGUUAUUAAAAAGCUUUAACUAUAAAAACUGAAGCGAUUCACAUAUUUUUUCAGUCAACUUUCUGAGAGAAAUGUUUUGUUUUGUAAAAUCUACUUAUUUGGUGAUUAUAGUUUUUGUAGUUUUUAUUUUAGAUGAUUCUUGUUUCAGAGGGAGCUAUUUUGAACUGCAACAUUCCUAUUAACAUAUUAGUUACACAUUAAAAAGAAAAUGCUUUCUUACUUUUUUACUUACCAUUCAGUCCAAAAAGCAUAAACCAUACACAC